CGGAUGAUUGCCCUAAAGACUUGGAAGCGUGUCAAGAAAAGCUCUUUUAUUUUUUUCCUCCUAUUUUGCUCUCUAGCAGACAAUGGGAAGUUUGAGCCUGCGGAGCUGUUGACAUAGAAACUGGGGCACGCAGAUUGCAGAGUGGCAGGAGGAGCAAUGGAGGACGAAGAGGAGGUUGAGGAAUCAAAAGUGAAGGAGGUGAGGUUGUCGACUAUCGUUCUGGGACUCUUCCCCACUGCCGUCACAGAAGAAAAACUUCAGGAAUCCCGGGAAAAAUCCAUCACUCGUAUUUUUGGGACCACAAAGACUUUGCUGAAGAUUCGAAACCCCGAAAAAGUAGGGACUUUUGAAGGCAUUUUGCGGAGCAAAAUAGAUGAGCACUGCCAAGAAGGCCAUCGGUACUUCUCCCAAGGGGAAUGGGAGAAAGCCAUCACGUGCUACACCAAAGCUCUGAAUCUGGAUCCUAACAAGGGAGACCUCUAUGAGAAGAAAGCAGAAGCCUUCCUCCAGCUCUGUGACUUCCAGUCCGCUGCAAUGCACCUUCGGAAGGCCUAUCACAUGUCGCAGGAGGCGGACGUCCAAGAACGCCUGGCCUACAUUUUAUACAUACAGGGCCAGUGUCUGUACGAGCAGAAGGUGUACCUGGAUGCACUCGAGUCCUUCACUCACGCCUGUGAACUCCAGCCUCAGAACAUGCUUUAUCACAUGAGGAGCAUCUCCUGCCUGGCUGCAAUGAACCGAUUCAACGAUUGCCUUCAGAUGGUCAACGAAGAGGUCGAGUGUGAGAAGACAAACGCUGACCUCUUUGUCCUGAGGGCUCGUCUCUACGAAUACUUCAGGAAGGCAAACUGCUGUUUCUGCAACAUCCAAGAGGCCCUUGCGUUGGACCCAGAGCACACGGAAGCCCAGCUGAUGCUGAAGAAGUUGACCAAGGAAGCCCAGAGGUCCAAGGAUCGCGCCGUGACCUUGGCAGUCAAGGGAAACCUGAAAGCCGCUCUGCUGAAAAUCAACCGGGCCAUCGAUUACAACCCCUUGGAUGCGAAUUAUUUCCUGUUCAGAGGGAGCCUCCUGCGCCGGCUGAAAGACUUCAGCGCGUCCAUCGACGACUACCUGAAAGCCGUGGAGCUGUGCAAAGCCGACGAGGCUGCCGAGGUGCGUCGGGAGGCCGAGAAGCAGGUGCUUCUCACCUACAACGACUUUGCCGUCCACUGUUACAUCAAGGGCUGCUACGAAGAGGCGGUUCUGCUGUUCAACAAGGCCAUCAAAGGGGAGAAGAACGAACUGGGUCUCUACCUUAACCGAGGGGAUUGUUUUCUGAAACUGGGCCAGCUGAAUUUUGCCAUGGCAGAUUACCAGCAAGCCUUAGAGCUGCGUCCUCUGGACCCCAAGCUGCGGCAGCGCAUCGCUUGGUUGUACAACGAGACCGCCUUGCAAGACUUCCAAGAAAGGCAAUACCUGCAGGCUGAAUCGAAUUUCUCCUUCGCGGUGGAGAACAAUCCUUGGGAGAUUAAGUAUUACUUACACAGGGCAAAAAGUCGCAUGUUUCUGCAGGAGGUCUUGGGGGCCAAGGAGGACAUUAUCAGCGCCUUGCUGCUGGAUCCCACCAAGGAAGAGUCCCGGACGCUGGUGUGCAACCUAUUUCCGGGGGAGAGCAUCGACUCGCUCCUCAACAGCAAAGUUGGAGAUUUAACGAAAACCCUUCUGGACCGAAAGCUCAAAGCUUUCCCUGCCUGCAAGGCCUUGCAGAGGCUUCCAAAACCCGCAGAAUCCGAACCAGCCAGCGACGUGUACGUUCAGAUUGAAGAUGUUCAGAAGGCAGAGGCGGCCAAGGAGGCGGCACAGGUUUCCGAAGGAAAGGAGCUGCAAAGGAAAGUCGCUGAGUGUCAGCAAAAGUCAAACCAGGCGGACCAAGAGCUGAAGGAAGCCCUCAAAAACAAGCCGACACUGGAGCCCAACACCGUCCGGGUGGACCCGUGCCCUCGCCUGCCCCCCAAGGAAUGCCCGAACAAACCGUACUGCUGGAGGAAGUUCCGGGAAGGCAUUGGUCAUUUUUAGGCCUGUCCGAAGCAUUGCCUUGGGGUGCAAGGCUCGCCAGAAACGAUCUGCUUUUCUAGUGAGUAAAAUGUAAUUCCUGCUGCCAAAGAGCCCGUCCUCUCUCCCAAACCACCAGUGCGGCACACGACUCGGACUUUUCAAAUGCCACCAUGAAAGGUUUAGGAUUCCUUUGCCAGAUUUCGCUUUGUUUCUUUCACGAGGACGACUCCGAAGUCUUGGAAAGGGUGGGGGGAUGCCAUCCCUCCCCUGCUGGGCUCUGGGUGGCUUGUGGCAGGCCCACAGGGGAAGGUGUUCUGAGUUCAAAGCUUUUCCCCCCGAUCGCUUCCUGCAUUUGCUCAGAUCCACGAAGAACUGGCAGAAAUCUGCCAGCAGGAAGUGCAGUGGUUUUCAUAGACCUUGGAGCCUUUACCUAGUUAUGUGUUUCCUGCUUUUUAUUUAAAUAAAGCUACCUUUUGAA